UCCUCACAGCCAGCGAAUUUCCUUUCUGACUCUUCCACUGCCUGCCGUCCAGCAUGACAAGCAAUGGCGACAGAAGAGGCAAUCCCAACACGAGCAACCUUGCCAUUCCAAAGCCUGUCGAUCAGGACUCAUCGCCAUACCUCAAACAUCUGUCUCUAGCAACUCUAGCCAUACACGCUGAUGAUCAGAUCAAUCAAAAUGUCGACGUCGCACCACCGCUCCACGUCUCCACCACAUUCCGUUAUCCAUCCGACCCCGAGAAACUCAUCCGCGAACGCGACAUCGACUUCACAUCGCUAUGCCCACCCGGCGGGCCCAUGAAGGGCGAUGCACACAUCUAUUCUCGCCUGACAGCUCCGAACACUUCCCGUCUCGAAGUGAUGUUGACGAGCAUCCUCGGUGGCCCCGCGCUGACCUACAGUUCUGGGUUGAGCGCAUUUCAUGCUCUUCUAACAUAUGUAAACCCGAAAGUUGUGGCAAUUGGAGAAGGAUAUCACGGUUGUCAUGGCGUGCUCAGCAUAUUCAAGAAGCUGACGGGCUGCAAGGUGGUGGAUCUCUUUGACGAAACGAGCUGGGAUGAGGCUGGCUUGGGCAAAGGCGAUGUGGUACAUAUGGAGACGCCUGUGAAUCCUACUGGCGAAGCAUACAAUGUCGAGGUUUUUGCUGAAAAGGCACAUCAGAGGGGAGCAGUGCUGACGAUUGACGCUACAUUUGCUCCACCGCCGCUUCUCGACCCGUUCAAGUGGGGAGCAGACUUCAUUAUGCACUCGGGCACCAAGUAUAUCGGCGGGCACUCGGAUAUGCUCUGCGGAGUGAUUGCUGUCAGGGCAGGGAGAGAGAAAGAUUAUUGGGGCAUGUUUCACGAAAGAGUUUUCCUCGGCUCGGUGAUGGGAAGCAUGGAAGGCUGGCUCGGUGUCAGGUCUUUGCGCACGUUUGAGCUCAGGGUCAAGAGGCAGUCAGAGAACGCAGAGGCAUUGGUCAAGUUCAUAGACGAUGCUGUACAGCAUCGAGGCGACGACGAGAGCAAGGUUGUCCAGAAAUUUGUAACGAAGAUUAUGCAUGCGAGUCUACAGAAAGAAGACAUGGGAUGGUUGGAAAAGCAGAUGCCGAAUGGAUAUGGGCCUGUGUUCAGUAUUUGGACCAGGACAGAGCUGGCGGCGAAGAGGCUGCCGAGCAAGCUGAAGCUCUUCCAUCAUGCUACGAGUCUUGGCGGAGCGGAGAGCUUGAUUGAAUGGAGGAGCAUGAGCGACGGCGGCGUUGAGGGGACUUUGCUGCGAGUGAGUGUUGGUGUUGAAAAUGUGGAGGACCUCAAAGCAGAUCUUGUGCAAGGCUUCAAGGCUUUGGCUGCAGAAGGCCAUGCUUAAAGGAGUAGCUACCUCUCCC